AAUUACAUGACAAAAAACAUUUUCUCUUGAGUCACUAUUCGAAAAUUUACACAAUUAUUUCCAUUUAACUAUGUAAACUUUAAUUAGUAGUUUCAUUGUAUAAAUUCUAUAAUUCAAUAUUUAAUUAACCGUUUUAAACUUAAAUGAAUGGAUUUCUUGGAUUCCAUUGAAUUAAAAUCAAAAGAUAGAAAAUCAAAGCGUGUUCGAUCGUGGUACCUUUACGAGCAAUUCAAAUCCCUCGAGAGAAACCAGCUGGACGCCGCUCAGAAGCUGAAGAACAAGUCGUACCAAGACAGGAUCUUGCGGCAAGAACUGAGCGAGCGGAGGGAGCGGCGCAAGCUAUACGACCAGUACGGCGUUUGCCACAGCGAGUCUCGUAUCACGAAGAGCGCAAGCGAGGGCAACAAGACGUCUCUCAGCGCUAGCACUGAUGAUUUCUUUGAAACUUUUUGCGAACUGCAAGAAGAUGAGAGAUCAAGCGAAGCUGAACACGAGACAGACACAGAAGACGUUUACAGCCAAGACGACUCGCAGACUGGAAAGCGCUACCUCGACGAGUUCAAGAGCUUAGAAAACAUUAAAGACGAUCAGAGCUUCACGGAUAGCGUUAAUAGCGUCGUCCAAAAUUACAAGUGCUGCGAGAACUUCACGGAAGAUCUGAGAGAGGAGCUCGAGCUGGUCAAGAAGAGCAUCGCUGAGGAAAUCACUCAGCAGUUUGAAACGGUAAAGGAAAACAUAGAAUGUCUUGAGAAGUACUCUAAAUUGUGCAGUGAGGAUAAGAUAUCUGACGCCGAGAGUUCAGAGUCUGUCGAUGCUUGCGCGUGCGACUUGAAUAAAUCGCUGCGCCACAAUCGGGAAAGCGAUAUAAAUCUGUACAAUAUAUGGUCUAAAUUGGUUUCGUUUGCGUAUCAAGUCAUUCAACUGAAUCACGGUAACUGUUACUACGACUACAGUUCACAAUUCCUAACUGCUGUGUUGGCCUGUGACGUGAUACGAAGAGGCGUCAGUAGAAUGUGUCAUAUUUUGCAGCCCUACGUUUCACCAAUAAAGUUUGCUACUGAUGAGUCUGACGCCUCAACUGUCAGUCACAAAAAGAAAUCUAGUAAAAACGUCUCAAAUUCAAAAAAAUCAAGGAAACCUACCCAAACUCAGAAACGUACGAAAUGCCAGAGGAGUUACAAAACGCGUUCCUACAAUAAAUAUUUCUCAGAUGAUUAUUGGCGUAAUUUGUCAAAACACAGUUUUGGAUUUAGGAGAAGAGUGGCAAACAGGGCGACCGAGCCCUGGCGAAGUAUUGCUAAAUUCCCUUCUUGUAGAAGCUGCGAGCUCAGCGAGAAAUCCUCUUGCAGCAUUUGGCCAUCGUUUUCGAGAACUAAUUUGUCUGAUGAAUGUGCCUGCCAUUUGAAAGUGGCAAACCCUAUGUUGAAAAUUGGCCAGUACAUAGAUAAAUUACUAAAUGACAUCGACGAUUGUAAACGCUUGUGA